AUGAAACACACGAGAGCAAAUGAAGACCUACAAUACGCCCAUGACAUUUUAAAUCGCUUAAAGGUUCGCUUGCUAGUCGAGCCUGCCCUGCGAGGGAGGUGGCGCGAUUGGAUCCAGCUACUUGAAGCUAGUAUCUUCCGAGUGGAUGACAUAAGAUUCACCGAGUCUCCAGCUGCUUUGAAUUGGCUUUCGACACCUCAGGCUAUCAACCUAUAUUUUGACGGGAGUUGUGAUGGUGCUCCAAUGCAUCGCCGUUUUCUGGAUGACACCGUGCUUGCCAUAACGACGAUACUCACUGAGCGCUUUCCCCCUUCGCAUGGUGUGGAUUCCUGCGGCCUCGGAGCCGGCGAGCUUUGCGUAAAGGGCUUGGACCUUCAGGACGUUAUUCUGGCGCGUCACGAAUAUCCUUGGGAGGAGGGGCGUAAUCGUGAUCCAGAUGUGGAGGAACUCCUCGAGCGGCGUGCCAGCGCUGUGCCAACUGAUGCACAGCGUUCUGCCACUCCGGGCUAUACUAAGAUCCCGCAGCGCAAGCGCCAGUUUCCAAACUGCCAACUCGCUGACAGCAUCCCGCACAAGAAGCCGAGAGUGAAUAACGUCCUCAGUCCCAGUCUGCGCAUGCUCCCCUCUGGCUCACACCUGCUACCCUCCGGCUCGCAUGCACUUCCCCCUAGGCCCCCUGCAAUGGCUCCUCGCCCCGCGCACCCCCUCAAAGACCCAUCCCUCCCUCCAAAGCCCGUGUGCUUAAGCACACCUGCCUUGCAACGUACUUCACAGUGCCUGGAGCCUCCUGAUUGCAUAGAGCAGUCCAUACCUGGCAUGAUGCCCCCUCCAACCCCAUCUGCCUCUGCCUCACGUCAAAAGGCACCGGCAAGGGUGAAGAGGGAUUUAAGACGUCGCGAAUUGCACAGGCUCGACACUGAUAGAAAGGUGGAGGAGUUCAAGUCCGAUGGAGCAGUCAAUGCACUUGCCUUUCGGGUAUCUACGACUGGCUGGCAAGGUACAAACUAUGGCUCUACUGAGUCAGGGAAAAUUCUCCGGGAGGAGUGGUAUAGCUACCAGAUAUUGUUUCGCUUGACUAAAUUUGAAAGAGUUCCAUAUCAGAACCUUAAAACUCGGAUCAGAGAUUCUCAAGGUAGGCUGUGGCUAGUGCGAACCUUUGUGGGUCCACACAUGCAUGAGCUCCUUCCACGUUUUCAAAAGGAGGCAGCUGCCUUUGUACUUGCUGUUGAAGAAAGCAAGAUGGGCUUUAAGGAGACUGAGAUGCAGGAGAACACUAGGGGACCUCAUUGGAUUUCUAUCUGUGGCCAUGACCGCAACUCUAAAUCUGUAGGAGGAGAAUUCCCCCUUCUAGCCAGGAGGUACAUGGCUUGUGCAGAAGCUCUAGGAAUCCAGCCUCUAUAUGGUCAUUUUUUUAAUUUUUGCCUCAAUUCUGCUAGAGCUGGGGUCCCACGUGUUCACUGCAGCCCCCAUGUGGAUUGGAAAAACAUAGCUAUAGGGGUUUGUGUCAUAUUCAUAUAUGGCCAAUUCAAUAGCAAAGAAAGAUCUUGGCUUGUGAUCUGGGAGGCAGGUGUAGUGAUUGAGAUGCCACCAGGUGUCUUUGUCAUGUAUCCCUCCUCUCUCUUUUUCCACUUUAAUGUGGACAUAUGUGACUUAGAAUUUGUUUGCACUGAGGGGGAGCUUCCUACAAAGCAAAACUCCUCCCCUCUAGAUGGUGGGGAUGGGAGAGGGUCUUGUGUCUGGUUCAAUCAGGCCAGCAUGUUCCAGACUGCUGAGCUUGGCUUUGCAACAGUUGCAGCAGCUAAGCAGGCUGGUGCACCCUGCACAUCUGACACUUCUUUGCUAAUUAAUCAAGGACUUUUCCCAGUUGAUCAACGCCCUCCCCAGUAA